CGCAGACUCAGAAGGGUUUAUUUAGUAUAUGGAAAGCCGGAAGCGUUACUGUGAAAUUGACCGAACGGACUACUAGUUGGUGUGAUGUAAUGCCGCCAGAGGCCUGAGUAGGGCAGAGCAGCCAUGACGGAGUGCUUCCUGCCCCCCAGUGGCGGCAGCCCCUCGGAGCAGCGGCGGGCUGAGCACCCGGGGGGUGCCGCCCGCACCCCCAGCUCCGAGGAGGUCAGCCCCACCAAGUUCCCCGGGCUGUACCGCACGGGGGAGCCCUCGCCGCCGCACGACGGCCACCACCACCACCACCACUACGAGCCGGCCGACCCCUACCUGUCGGAGGACGACAAGGAGCACGGCAAGAAGAAGAACAAGUUCAAGAAGAAGGAGAAGAAAACCGAAGGCUACGCCGCCUUCCAGGAGGACAGCUCGGCGGACGAGGCCGAGAGCCCCUCCAAGAUGAAGCGCUCCAAGGGCAUCCACGUCUUCAAGAAGCCCAGCUUCUCCAAGAAGAAGGAGAAGGACUUCAAGGUGAAGGAGAAGGGCCCCAAGGAGCCCAAGGAGAAGGAGAAGGGCCCCAAGGAGCCCAAGGAGAAGAAGGAGGACAAGGACAAGGAGAAGGAGAAGAAGUCCAAGGACUUGACGGCUGCCGACGUGGUCAAGCAGUGGAAGGAGAAGAAGAAGAAGAAGAAGCCGGUCGAGGCGGAGCCGGCGCCGUUGCUCGUGGAGGCCCCCGCGUUCAGGCCCGUCUUCGGGGCUCCCCUGGCCGAGGCCGUCAAGAGGACGGCCCUGUACGACUGCAUCCAGCUGCCAGCCGUCUUCAGGGAGUGUGUGGACUACAUCGAGAGCUACGGCAUGAAGUGUGAGGGCAUCUACCGAGUGUCGGGUAUGAAGUCCAAGGUGGACGAGCUGAAGGCGGCCUACGACCGCGAGGAGUGCCCCUGCCUGGAGGAGUACGACCCUCACACGGUGGCCAGCCUGCUGAAGCAGUACCUGCGCGAGCUGCCCGACCACCUGCUGGGCCGGGAGCUGGUGCAGCGCUGCGAGGACGCCUGCGGCCGACCCACGGAGGCCGAGAAGGUGGCGGAGAUCCAGAGGCUGCUGACGGAGGCGCCGCCCGGCGGCGGGCUGCUGCUGGCCUGGCUGGUCACGCACAUGGACCACGUCAUCGCCCGCGAGGCCGACACCAAGAUGAACAUCCAGAACAUCUCCAUCGUGCUCAACCCCACCGUCCAGAUCGGGAACAGAGUGCUGUACAUCUUCUUCACCCACGUGAGGGAGCUGUUUGGAGACGUGGUCCUGAGGCCCGUGGUGCGUCCGCUGCGCUGGUCCAACAUGGCCACCAUGCCCGCGCUGCCCGAGACCCAGGAGAGCAUCAAAGAGGAGAUCCGAAGACAGGAGUUCCUGCUGAACUGCCUGCACAGGGACCUGCAGGCCGGCGUGAAGGACCUGUCCAAGGAGGAGCGGCUGUGGGAGGUGCAGCGCAUCCUGACCGCCCUCAAGCGCACACUGAGAGAGGCCAAGAGACAGGAGUGCGAGAGCAAGAUAGCCCAGGAGAUAGCCAGCCUAUCUAAAGAGGAUGUUUCUAAGGAGGAAAUGAACGAGAAUGAGGAGGAGGUCAUCAAUAUCCUUCUUGCACAGGAGAACGAGAUCCUGACGGAGCAGGAGGAGCUGCUGUCCCUGGAGCAGCAGCUGAGGAGACAGAUCGCCACCGAGAAGGAGGAGAUCGAGAGGCUGAGGGCCGAGAUAGCAGACAUACAGAGCCGCCAGCAGGGACGCAGCGAGACGGAGGAGUACUCCUCUGACAGCGAGAGCGAGAGCGAGGACGAGGAGGAGCUUCAGCUCAUUCUGGAAGACCUGCAGAAGCAGAACGAGGAAUUGGAGAACAAAAACACCCACCUGAACCAGGCCAUCCACGAGGAGCAGGAGGCCAUCCUGGAGCUGCGUGUCCAGCUACGCCUCCUCCAGAGCCACAAGCUGCAACAGGAGCAGAGCGCACCGUCCGCCGUCGAACAGACGCCGCCCGCGGCUCCGCCCAGCCCCGAGUCCCGCGGCGAGGAGCCUACCGCCAAACGCCCCACUGCCGCCGCCGCCGCUGCUGCCGCCGCCGCCGCCGCCACAACCCCCGCCACUGCCGACCCGGCUGUCGCCGCCGUUCCCGCCAACGGGAAAGCGUGCAAGGAGCCGUCCAAGCCCUCACCGAGCAAAGACAGGCGUGAGGCCAACAUGUGAGAGGAAGGGGGGGGGGGGGGGGGUCACGUGUUCUUCUACCAUGGCGGUGGCUUUGAGCCGCCGUACGUGUGUCGGUGCUGGUGACAGCGGCCUCACACAGACCACUGGUGGGGCCCCGAAUGCAUUCAAAGCCUCCUUGGAACCAUAGGGGUAAAAGAUUAGGCCGAUGUCGCAAAGCCAACAGGAAAUUACCUUUUGGUUCGCUCAGCAUUUUGAGUAUCUCUUAAGUAAAACCAACCUCUCUCUAUCUUCUUGUCUGUCCUUCUCUCUCAGUGCAGCAAGAUAGGGCAUAGAAUGAUGAUAUUAUGCCAUAACUGGACAAGUUUCCCACGACAACCACUAAGGGUCACUCAAAAGAGCUCUGUGAUAAAUGAUGACUUCAUUGUUGAUCUGUGUAUUAUAUAUUUAAAUAGUGCUCUGGGUGUGAUGGAAGAAUUUUGUUUGUUUUUUUCAACUGCAUUGAUUUUAAUUAACUGGCUUUUUUAUUAAUAUAUAAAUGUAUCUAUAAAUAUAUUGUAGUUAUUGUAUUUGAUUGGUUGUUGGAACUGCAAAUGAAAAUAAACGUACCUGACCAUAGGACAAAAAGACAUGUCCGUUAAAUGACAAAAGUGCACGGCUCACUGCUACAUGUAUAUAAAAAACGUUCAAUAAUUGAGUCAGGUAAAUCUGCUCGGGCAUCUAUUUGUUUUUUUAACCAUCACCUUCCGUGAAUAUAUUUUUUGAUAUUCCUUCAAUGCAUUCAUGAGACAAAUUAACCUUUCUCUGUUACAUCAGUCUUAACAAAAAAAACAGCUCACAUCUGAAAAUGCUGAUUCAACUUAAUGGAAUGCUGACGCAUGUCUUGUGAUGACAAAAUGUACGAAAACUGAUUAGUCUAAGCAUUAAUGCUGAUUUUUUUUUCUCUUUCAUAGAUUCAGUUGCAAGUUUGUUUGUGAAAGUCAAUCAUUCAUAGUAACUGUCCAUUGCGGUAGUACUGUGGUAUUCUGUUGUAUCUGUGAUAUGUAAAGCUAAGGCAAAGCCUACUUUAUGUAUAUAAUGUAACAUUUUGGAAACAUACUGUAUUUUUCAGCUCUUAUUGUCUUACAUUAUCUGUAUUAUUACUGAUCUUCAUAGUGUUUGCUAGUGGGAUUCUCCCGGCAUUAGACAUUGGCUUAUCAAAGCAAUCACUUUUUCGGUAAUCACAAUUACUAUUCGUUAAUCUCUUGUGAUUGAAACCGGUUAAUACUAGAAGGAAAUCAUGCGCUUCUCAUAAAAGUAUUUUCAUAUGAUCCCAGGCUUUUGAAGCUUAUUGUUGCAGACAGAUUAAUACUGUGAAGAAUAAAGUGACAACCCAUGUGAA